GCUGAGCUACCCACCAGACGGCCGGAGCCAAACGAACGCAGCGCGACGCAAAAGAAAAAAUUACACAAAAAUAACAGGAAAAUAUUAUAAUUACAAAAAAAAAUUAAAAUAAAAAUAAAGAGUAGCAGUUAAACAAGUUUCCAACCGUCGCAAGUAAUUGGCAGCCAUGUCGUGCAAAUAUUCGUCAGCCAUGCUGCUUCUAGUGAGCAGCUACCUCAGCCUCAGCCUGAGUCUGUGCCUCUGCAUCGGACCCGCCGCCUCCAGCAGCAUUUUUGCGGGAGUUAUCAUAAACUCUAGGUUGCCCUUUUCUAUACAGAGUCGUUCCUACGUGGCGCCACCUCAGCAUGAUCUGCAGCGUCCGCAGGGUGAAGUAAUGCCUACGGCUCAGGAAACCUGGAGCGAUCAGCGCAUUGCCGCCGCAGCGCACACGGGUCAACAGACCUGGAAUGGUCAGCGGAAUGUCGCGGAAGUGCCUACUGCUCAACCCCAGCAGCAGCAGCAGCAUCAUCAUCAGCCCAUACCCCCCUCCGCGUCCGCGUCCGCUCCAGCUGCAAGUCCUGAAGUAAUAGUGAAUGGCUUCAAUCAAGCCGCCGCUCGUCCGGCCAGCUCGGCGGGCCCCACGCGCCCGCCGGCUCAGUACAACUACCGGGAACGCUUUAGCUCUGUGCUCUUUCAGCCGAUCUCGCGCAGCAACGGGCAGCAGAAUGUGGUCUAUUCACCGGCCACGAUGCACGCCAUGCUAGGCCUGCUCUACGGCGUCUCCAGCAACGAAACUGCCGCCGAGCUGCAACGCGUAGGUCAGUUUGGGAACAAACAACUGGACGUGGCCAUCGAAUUUGAGCAGGUGCGACGGACGGAGAGCCAGCUGCCGAAUGCCCAGCUGAUUGUCGCCAAUAAGCUGUACUAUAAUCGCGAAAUCGACGAGCUGAAUCCUCAGUACCUGGACUUCGCCAGCCAGUACUAUGGCUCCGAGACCGAAGCGGUCAACAUGCGCAAAUCGCGUGAUACGUCGGCCAAGAUAAAUGCUUGGGCCUUGGAUGCCACACGCGGUAUCAUACGCGACCUGGUCCAGCCCAGCGACAUUGAUGAGCAGACGCAGGCGCUGCUGGUGACAGCCAUUUACUUCAAGGCACGCUGGGCUAACGAGUUCUCCGAAAUGGACACUACGGCGGAGAAGUUCCGCAUGGCUAACAAUGCAGCCAUCACCGUGCCCAUGAUGUACAAUGACGAUCUGUUCGACAUUGCCGAGCUGCCGGAGCUGGAUGCCACCGCGCUGGAGCUGCCCUAUGCCGGCACACCCAUCUCCAUGCUGAUCAUAUUGCCCAACCAGGUGAACGGUCUGGCCCAGCUGGAACGGCAGCUGGAGCGACAUGAUCUCAAUCAGAUUGCGGCACGCCUGCGCCGCGACAUGGUCACCGUGCGGCUGCCCAAAUUCCGCAUAGAGUUUGAACUGGAUAUGACGGGUCCGCUGCAGCAGCUGGGCGUGCGUCGCAUGUUCACGCCCAAGUCCCAGGUAGAUGCGAUGCUGUUGCAGCCGGUGCGUGUGUCCAAGAUACUGCAAAAGGCCUUCAUCGAUGUGAACGAGGCGGGCUCCGAGGCGGCAGCAGCUUCCUAUGCCAAGUUCGUGCCCUUGUCGCUGCCUGUCAAGUCGCGCGAAUUUGUUGCGGAUCAUCCAUUCGUAUUUGCCAUACGCACACCAGAUUCGGUGCUCUUUAUUGGACACGUAGUGCAGCCGCCCCAGGUGUCCGGGAGGCAGUGAAUCCCCAGCCAAUCCCCACCUGCUCAUAAGCCGUUACGCGCAGCCCGUCCCUAGCUUUAAGUUAAGUGUACGCAUUUGCUACUUGUACAACAUACUCGUAAUUCUCACUUUUAUAAUAUUAAAAGAUUU